AUGCUGAGUUCCUCCCUCCUUCUUGCGCUGACGACUACAGGAUCUGCGACUAACCUCUUCGUCUCCUCGUAUUCGGGAGAAAUUACCUCUCUAGCUUUAAGUGAGAGUAAUGGUACUGUAAGCCUCGACACCACCUUCUCCAACGCUGGAUGUGGUCCAAAUCCAUCGUGGCUCACGGUUGACCCGAGUCGAGGCCUGCUCUUCUGCCUCAACGAAGGGUUGACCUCACCCAAUGGCUCUUUGAGCUCUUUUACCAUCAAUCGCAACGGAAGCCUCACGCGCGUGCAGAACGAAACCACCAUUUCUGGCCCAGUGAGUGGUGUCAUCUACGGUAACUCUGCUGGGAAGCAAGCUAUUGGCCUCGCUCAUUAUACUGGCUCGUCACUAACCUCUUAUGAUCUCGACGGUGAUGGUCAAUUCCACUUUGGCGAGUCUUUCACCUAUAGCCUCUCGAAACCUGGGCCAGACGCGGCUCGUCAAGAUUCGCCUCAUCCUCACGAGGCCGUGACUGACCCGACCGGCCAGUAUAUCCUUGUACCCGACCUCGGAGCGGAUCUUGUACGCGUUUACGGCAUCGAUUUUGAAACGUUGAAUCUCACCGAACUGUCGCCAUUAAACGCUCCUUCUGGCUCCGGUCCUCGUCACGCUGCAUUCUACAACCCUUAUAGCGUAGCGAGCGAGGAUGCAACGACGUUCUUUUAUCUGAUUACUGAGCUUACCAGCACCAUCAUAACUUACUCAGUCACCUACUUGCCGAACGGGGGUGGUCUGACCUUCACUCAAACGGCACAAGUCAGUACCCUCUGGCUUCUCAACCACAACCGUAUCAACGCGCCCGCCGGAGUGCUGAUAUCCCCUGAUAACCGCUUCUUAAUUGUCAGCAACAGGAACAGUACACUUUUCUCACUCCCCAACCCCGACGCCUCUAAUAACACGCAAAUUCCCUCGGACACGUUCACGACGUUUGAGCUACAGCUGGACGGUCGACUCGUCUUUGUGCAGGCUUGGCCAUCCGGUGGUCUGUACCCACGGCAGUUCAGUAUCAAUCCCUCUGGUACUCUGAUCGCGGUGGGAAAUCAGCUAAGUGCAAAUGUGGCACUGCUCUCGCGUAACCCAGCGACUGGUUUGAUUGGAGAGCCACUUGCGAGGAUUCCAGUAAAGGGCAAUAUCACUUGUGUGGUGUUUGACCAGGCUGGUGCUGGCUCAGCUUAA